AAGUGAGUGAAAAUGGAUCUCUUCUCGCAGAAGAACAUCAUUGUUGAGUAUUGGCAGUACUUCUUGCCGCUCUUCACGCUCGGAUUGAGUCUCUUCCUGCUGAAUUUCACGCGGAAGCCCAAGCAGCCACACCAGGAGCCCGUGGAGCGAGAUCUCGACCCAUCCGAGACGGAGUCCAGGAAGAAGGUCACCGAGGAUGAUGUUAAUUAUGAGGCAGACGUUCUUACGCCGGCGCUCGAGGGCGUGGGUCAUCGGCCCUACAAGGGCAUUAGCGUGACCUUUCCCGGAGGAAUUGACAAGUUCUACGAGAUGGUCAACGACCGCCGCAGCAUCAGGAAGUACAGCAAGCGUCCAGUCGAUUGGCGCCUCGUGGAGAGAUGCAUUCACGCCGCAGGCACUGGGCCAAGUGGCGCUCACACGGAGCCGUGGACGUUCUGCGUGGUGUCGGACGCCGACACGAAGGAGCAAAUCCGGGAGAUCAUUGAGCAGGAGGAGUACACGAACUACGCGCAACGCAUGUCGCGCCAGUGGACGACGGAUCUGCAGCCGCUGAGGACGAAUCACAUCAAGGAGUACCUCACGGACGCGCCGCACCUCGUGCUGGUGUUCAAGCAGGGCUACAGCUUCCGCGAGGACGGCAGGAAGAAGCAGCACUACUACAACGAGAUCUCCGUCGCCAUCUCCGUGGGCAUUCUCCUGUGCGCCUUCCAGAGCGCCGGACUCAACUCCCUCGUCACGACGCCACUCAACUGCGGCCCGGCGCUCAGAUCCCUGCUCAACCGACCUGCACAGGAGAAGCUGCUCGUCCUGCUGCCCGUGGGCUACGCAGCGGACGACUGCGAGGUGCCGGACAUCCACAGGAAGCCAGUGGACGAGAUUCUGGUCAAGUACUGACAUACACUU